AUGGCUGUUGUUGCUGAUAAGCCUCUUGUCGGCAAGAUUAACUAUUCCCGCUAUUUCUACUACUUGGUGCUAUUUGUGGUGGUGGUCUAUGCACUUCGCAAAAUGUUGACAGGACAUGGGUCCGAUAUUGAUAUCGGCAGAUUCCUGUCAAAAACCUCUCCAUAUAUGUGGGCAAAUCUUGGUAUUGCCUCUUGUAUAGGUCUAAGUGUUGUGGGUGCCGCAUGGGGUAUCUUUAUCACGGGGUCAUCUAUGAUUGGUGCUGGUGUGCGGGCACCUAGAAUCACUACAAAGAACUUGAUCUCCAUUAUCUUCUGUGAAGUGGUGGCUAUCUAUGGUUUAAUUAUGGCAAUCGUCUUUUCUUCUAAAUUAACUGUGUCAUCGAAGGAUUCGCUUUACUCAAAAUCUAACCUGUACACCGGCUACUCCUUAUUUUGGGCUGGUCUGACAGUGGGUGUCUCAAAUCUAAUAUGUGGUGUAUCUGUCGGUAUCACAGGAGCUACUGCUGCUGUUGCAGAUGCCGCAGACUCCUCCUUGUUUGUUAAGAUUCUAGUUAUAGAAAUUUUUGGUUCUAUUUUGGGUCUAUUGGGUUUGAUCGUUGGUUUGCUGAUGGCCGGUAAAGCAGCCGAUUUCCAGUAG